GAGCUCAAAGACGAGCCGAGCUCCUUGAUAAUACUCUACUCGAGCUAGCUUGGGAGGCUAUAUUCAAUAUGUAAUGGUGGAAGAGAUCGUCGGUCAAGGAAGAAAUAUUGAGUGUUGCAUUUUUAAUCACAUUGUGCGGAAAGGCUAUUGGAACUGCUGCUUAAGAAAAAGAAAGUUUAGAGUGAGGAAUGGAAGAAGGUUCUUGGAAAUUAUGGGUUUGCCAUCCAAGGGUAUAUAAGAAGUCAACUGUCUCAAUUACAUCACUAUAACGCUAUAAAGAUUCAGGGUGUGAAACAGGUUUAAUCAACAGAACAAAAGGAUUAAAAUUAGUGGUGUCUAUCUGUCUACCUCCAGUAUCAAUAAUAAUGUCAACGCCACUCACAAUCCUCUCACUAAUACUCUUCUCUCUUCUCUUUCUCCAAUCCCAUUCCCUCUCUUCUCCACCACCCAAUAUAUGCAUCAUUGGCAGUGGCAUCGCCGGCUCCUCUCUCGCCCACUUCCUCCGCCGCUACUCUCCUCCAGACUCACCAUCAUCCGCCGCCCGAAUCCUUGUUUUCGAGAGAAAUGGCCUCGUGGGAGGCCGAAUGGCCACUGUCACAAUCUCCGGCGAGACCUUCGAGGCCGGUGCCUCUAUUCUACACCCAAAGAAUUACCACGCCUCCAAUUUCACUAGAUUACUUAAUUUAAAGCGAAAGGCGCCUUCCAGUUCUGAGAGUUCCAUUUCUCUGGGUAUUUGGGAUGGCAAGAAGUUUGUAUUCAAAACGAUCAGUUGUGAGUCUAAAAUUCCUUUUGUGCAAAAGAUUCUCUCUUUUGCUAAUGACUUCUAUAUGUUUUUGCGCUACGGCUUCUCUCUUUUCAAAAUGAGUAGCUUCGUUGAGGUUACUGUAAACAACUUCUUGAAAUAUUAUGAGAGCUUUGGAACUAGACCCAUUUUCGAGACUGUAGAUGAGAUGCUUAAGUGGGCUGGUUUGUAUGAUCUCACUACUCGUACUUUGCAAGAUGAAUUGGUUAAUGUUGGAUUGUCUACCUUGUUGAUACAGGAACUUGUCACUGUCAUUACAAGGAUUAAUUAUGGUCAAAGUGUCUACAUCAGUGGACUUGCUGGAGCAGUUUCCCUGGCAGGUUCCGGUGGUGGAUUAUGGGCCAUUGAAGGAGGAAAUUGGCAGAUGGUUGGUGGCCUAAUUAAUAGUUCAAAUGUUGAAUUACACCUCUAUGAAGAAAUACAUUCUAUCUCUUACCUUGGGGAAUAUUAUGAGCUCAACUCCACAAAAGGAAGUUAUCCAUGUGAAGUCGCAGUUGUUGCUACACCACUAGAUGAAUCCAAUAUUCAAUUCAGCCCUCCAAUUUCAAUUCCUAAGAGGCAAUUACAGCACACACAUGCGACUUUUGUGAGGGGCCUCCUAAGUCCCGAAUAUUUUGGCCUGAAAGCUGUUUCAGAAAUUCCGGAACUGGUGGGCACGUUAGAGGAUCUUGAACUUCCUUUCUCAAGCAUUUCCAUCCUAAAGCAACACAAUCAGACAGAUAUGACUUACAAAAUAUUCUCUCGUAAAGCAAUGUCUGAUUCAUUACUUGAUAGCAUUUUUAGUGGAAGGGAAGAGACUAUAAGAAUAAAUUGGGGUGCUUACCCUCAGUAUAAAGCUCCUGAAGUAUUUGCCCCCUUUAUUUUGGAUGGUCAUAAUCUGUACUAUGUGAACGCCUUUGAAAAUGCAGCUAGCACCAUGGAGACAAGUGCAGUUGCAGCUGAGAAUGUAGCAAGACUCAUCUUGUCCAGAAUUUCUAGUGAGGUAUUUUCGGACCCAUCAGACUUCAUGAGCUCUUGUUCUGAUAGAGAGGUAUUGCAUUCAGAUUUGUGAUUCAAAUGGUAUACCUCCUUCGAAGAGUACGUUACUGCAGUUGAAAAAUGGGUUUACAAUGGUUCUUCCAUCAAUAUUCAUUGUUGUAGUCUUGAACGUCACUUUUAAUCUCAGACUUCUGUACAACUGGAUAUGUAUUAUAAAGCCAAUGAAGGUAACCAUUACCACUGGCGUUUUUAAGGAUUCUGGCGCUUUAGUCUGGUGGAAAUCCGCCAGGUGACCCAAUUUUCUAAGCGGAUGCCAUAGCUCCCGAGAAAAAGAAAGACUUUCUGAGGUUGUACCUUACCCCUACGUCUUGACUGCUGCUGCAAAACUGUAUUUUAAGUGUGUUACUGCAGAAGUGUGAAAAAUAAACUUUGUUAAUAA